UGAAAAUUAAGUAUAAUAAUUAUGACGUUAUAAUAGUUAUGACGUUAAAAGGGCAUAAGUGCAAAUCUUAUACAUAUAUAUUAGAUCUUUUUUUAUAACUGAAAAUAAAUUGUGUGUGUUAUAUAUCAUCUCAAUUAUCAAAUGAUGAACUCAAUCCGUGCAAUUUGUGGAAACAUUUUUGUCGAACAAAGUGUACGUACAAUAAAUUAAUUUUUCAUUAGAGAUGUGAGACUGAUAGUAAUUAUAAAAAAAGAAAUGAACACAUUAUGCAAAUAACAUUAAAACUUAAAAAUUAUUUUAUACACAAAUAUAUUCCUAUUUUGUAAAAUGUGUUUCAAAUAUUGACUGACAGAUGCUGUUAGAUAAGAUCAAUAAAUAUUUGAGUUGAGAAAUAAUUUUAAAUUUGUUAGAGAAUUUUGCAGUCGUAAAAAAUGUGAAUAUAUACAUAUAUAAAUAUAUUUUCUGUUUACUUUAAACAAUAUUUAUUACAAAAAUUGAAUUAACUGCACAUAGUAAAGAAUCUAGUGAAUAAACUCAUUUUAUAUAUUGUAUUAACAAGUAAAUUUAAUUUAACAAAAUAUACGCUCUCUAUAUUUUAUUUAGAAACAGUUUUAUUAUUCGCAAUUAUAAUUUUUUACUGAAUAAAAAUACAAAUUAAUUUCUCAUAUAAAUAUAAUAGAACAUAGAUAAGAAGUCAUACGUACAUAUACAUACCUGCAAAUACAUUAUUAUUUUUUUAUCCAACAUUCUAUUUUUACUCCCGACUGCUGCCAACCGCAGAUUGGCAAAAAACGGAGGGAGUAUGCGUUUCACCGAGCUCGGAUCGGUUGUAGUCUUAGUUCUCGAUAACUACAGCGUAGUUUGAUAUCAUCUUUUGCUCAUAAGUUUUUUAUUAACCAAGAAAGUUUUACAGCGUAUAAUUAUCGUUAUUUAUGCUGUUAUUUAAUUUUUUUUUACUUGCAUAAAGUCACAAAAAAUAAAUGUGCCAGAACAUUUGUUAGGGAAAAUGUAUUGAACAAUUUUUUAUUUUACAGUUUAGGCUGUUAAUAUAAUAGAUCUAGAUUAUAUCUAGAAUAAACUUAUAAAUGCAAAUCACAGUAUAUUGUUUUAUUUUUAUGUUAUGAAAAAUUAUUAUUUGAUAUAAAAUAAAAUUUACAGUAAUUUCACAUUAUAUAUAUAGAAUUUUUGUUUUUGGAAUUGAAUAGAUAAUAUCGGAAACUAGAGCGCUAUAUUUUGGUUGCGUUUAAGCAGCAAUAUAUAUAAAUAUAUAUUACAGUAUUAUUUUUUUAAUUUUGUAAAAUUGUUAAUAUUACAUAUCAUUGUUCUUUCUCUAUUGAUGCUAUAUGUAUUUUGCUGUAAUUUCUAUUAAUCUAUACUAGAAAUAAAAAAUAUAUAAUAAAUACACGUCAUAUAUAUGGUUUUUUCUUGUAAUUGCGACUUUAUUAUUAGAUAUCUUCUUUAUUUAUAUGUUUAUCAAAAUUCAUACAGUUUAUUAAAAUUCCAUGUUAAACAUAUUGAAUACUGGUAGUGAAGGCUUCAUAUAUAAAUGAUAUAUGCUGAUGAUGGAACGAUCGCCAAUAUGAGAAUACUCCACCCGGAUUGCAAAUAUUAUAAUAAAGAUUUACUGCAGUUCUUAAAAGAAAUGAAAAGCCAGCAGAGACGUGUGUAAAAAAUGAACUAUCUGUACAUGAAUGUAUGGAUUCUGCGUUGGUUUCCAUUUCCAUUAAACAAGAAGAAAAUAUAAAGCAAGAGAAAUAUAAUUUGUCUCACAAGGCUGUAAGUUUGGAACAUGAUUCUUCCGAGAACAUUCAGAAUCCAUUAACGCAAGAGGAGUUUGAAGAAACUACAAAUGAAGAAAUUAUUUGUCAAAGUAAUUCGAAUCUAAAAAAGCAAUCUACCAAUCAAACAUUUUACGAGUGUAACAUAUGUACGAAGCUUUUUAGAUCAAAGAAUCUCUUUGAAGGUCAUUUAGUGGCGCAUAGUGACGCUCGACCCUAUCAAUGCGACGUUUGCGGCAAAUCCUUCAAGAGGACCAAUACUUUAGCGGUGCACAGACGAAUCCAUACUCACGAGAGAAACUUUGUAUGCGACGUGUGCGGUCGCGCGUUCGUGCAAGCCUCUCAAUUAGCUACUCAUCACAAACGUCACUUCGAGAAGUAUACGAGGCACUGCGAGAUCUGCAACAAGGGCUUUUUUACAAACGCCGAGCUUCACGGGCAUAUGAAUGUUAAGCACGGCGCUAAGGAGCACGUAUGUACCGCCUGCGACAAGUCGUUUCCCAACAAUCACACUCUGGUGCGUCAUUUGAAGAUCCACGAUCCUAAUUUCAAACCUGUGAAACAUCAAUGCGAAUUCUGCGGCAAGACAUUUGCUUACAAGAACUCGCUGGUGGUGCACGUUAAGUCGCACACUGGCGAAAAUAAAUACGAUUGUCAUCUGUGUGGUAAGUCCGUCUCGUCUAAGGGAUCCCUUCAAGAUCAUCUACGUCUCCACGGCGGAGAAAAAUCGUUGAUCUGCGACGUAUGCGGCAAAGCUUUUCACAAGAGAACAACGUUGGUUGUGCACAAGAGAACCCACACCGGCGAGAAGCCUUAUUCGUGCGAUACCUGUGGAAAAUCCUUCACGCAACACUCGACCCUUGUUAUACAUAAACGAUAUCACACAGGUCAAAGACCAUAUCAGUGUAGUUAUUGUAGUAAAUCAUUUGUAUCUAAAGGAUUACUAAACGCUCACAAUAAAAUACACAUGGUUAACGUGAUGGUCAUGUAGCCAACAUAGUCUUAUGGUUCAAAUCUUCCUAUGGUUUAAAUUUCUAUUGUACUAUGUCAAUUGUGUCCUAUGUUAGAGACACUAUAACGUGGUGAUAUUAUCAGACUUGUAUGGAUCCAAACAUAUUCUGUGAAUUAAAACGAAGCGAUAUUAGUCGAUUUCUUCUAUUCUAAAGUCAUCCGGAUUGAGGGAAUUUUUUCUUCCAACAUAUUUUUCUAAAAUUUUUCCUCAGUCCCUAUGCAAUUAUUCUAAUGAUACAUGCGCAGAAAAAAAAUAUUGCGUGUUUUGUUCUUUACUCACUUUUUUAUUCAAACGUGAGUAAUAAAAGAGCAGCGCAAAAACAAACCUUAGAUUAGAGGAAAACAUAAAAUAGAGACAAUUAGUAAUUGCAUAUAGGCAUCUUGUAAUUUAAUACUAUAUUGUAUAAUAGUGUGUGUAUAUUUGUAUGAUUGAUUACAUAUUUGAUUUCAAUCAAAUGUUUUUUGGGGAAUUAUUAUUGCUAACAUAUGUCAUAUUUGUAAAUUAAUUGUUCUUAAAAAAUUGAAGAUGUACAAAAAAUAAAUUGUUAUAAAAAGUUAAUGAAUUUAUGUAAAAGAUGAUUUAAUGUGCAAAAAGAACUUUGUAUCAAAUGUUAAUAAAAUAAUUUUUGAGUAAAAAAGUAACAGAAAAAAUACGUAACAUGUUUAUUCUGUAUACAGAAUAUUGCAAUAAGAGGGGCAAUAAUUUUUUUUCGGAUUAGUAUGGAAUAUAUUCCUGCAUUAUGUAUUAUUAUAAUGAAUAAAAGCGUUGUUC